CCGGAAGUGGGAUGCUGUCUAGGGUUUGACAAAGGCGCCUUGGCCUUUGUCUUUAGUCUGCAACGGAAGCUCAUCAGGAGAGGGGCGUCCUGCAUUCUUGGGGUACGAUUCUCUGUACAUGAAGGAGAAGAGAGCAUUGAAGCAUCAACACUGAGCUUGUAAGUGUUGUGGGGCUUUCUUCUUGGGGUUGUCGUUUCAGAGUCUGAAGCAAGUAAGGGCCGCGCAGGUUUCACAUCCGUUGGCCCCGUAUGUGGAAUACUUCAAUGUAAUAGACAGUAACAGAAGGGAACGCUUGUGGCUGAAAGCCUGUACAUAGCUAAGUUCAGUAAGAGGACUGCUGGACUGCAGGCGCUCGAGGUCUCUAAGGGGUCUAAGGGGGUUGGCACUUUCUUGGGGGGAGGCAAGGAGGAACAUGGCAAGUUGACAAAUUGUUGUGUGUGGCAGAAAACAUGUCAGGCCCUCCUCGUCCCAAACCUUGGGAACGGGCCGGUGCAACCACGGCAGAAGGGUCUCCAUUCACAUCCUCCCCUGGUGCUGCUGAUGAUAAGCUUCUGGAUGGCCGCACGGGAACUACUUCAAACGCAGUUGCCGGGACUAGUGGGAGCAUUUUAGGGACAGACCAACCCCGGAGGCCCUGGGAAACUCAAACAGGCGCUUAUGGCGCAGGGGGCUAUGGCAUAAGAAGGACUGGCCUGGGUGUAGGAACGUCCACUUAUGGUUCAUAUGGGAGCACCGGCUAUGGCGCGGGGGGUUAUGGCAGCAGCUACGGCGGGGGGGGAUAUGGAAUGAGUUCGGGCUACUCCAGAUAUGGCGGCAUGGGGAGCAGCUAUGGAGGGGGUUUAGGGGGAUACGGGGGGGGUAGUAUGUACGGCUCACAAUAUGGAGGGGGGAUGGGCACGUAUGGUUCAGCGGGGUACGGAGGGGGUAUGGGGAUGGGAAUGGGAAUGGGAAUGGGAAUGGGAGGAAUGGGAAUGGGUCCGAUGGGUGGGCAAAUGGGGGGUGAUCCAAACGAUCCGAAUAACCUCCCCCCUCAGCAGCCCCCUGCCUCGUGGAUGGUGCUCCUCCAGAGCCUCGGCAACAUCGUCGGCUUCUUCAGCCGCAUCUCGUUCCUGGUUGCUGCAAACACGGACGCGUUGAACAACUUCAUGUCAGCGCUUCUCUUUCUAUUUGAUCGCGGCGGCCAUCUCUACAGUGAGCUUGCUCACUUUGUGUUCAAGAUCCUCUUUGGCAAACUUUUUGGUCGGAGGGGCCGGCAACUCCCGGGCCCCCGGCAAUCCCGGACGGAGGGCCCUGCCAUUGAGGGAACGAAAUCUGUGCCUUUGCUCGAGGGUGCAAAGUCAGCACAGCCGAUGCAGAGAGCCGCUCCAGGGCAGAGAGCCGCUCCAGCGCAGGGAGCCGCGCCGCCUUGGGAGAACAUCUGGUCCGGAAAAGGGCAAUAGGGCGGUUGGGAGCGCUUACUGGCAUGUGUGGCCAGGUGCUUUGAACACUUCGUUGGUUGCCGUGAGCGAACAGUGCAUGCAGGAUAGAGGAACAAGCUUCUUGCUUGAUUCUUAUACGGUGUUGAGGUAAUGAUGAUACCAUCAAGUUGAAACAACCUCACUAGAAUGUCCUAUAGGCGCCCACUCAGAAUUUGUCCGAGCAGACAGGGAAUUAGCGCAGGUUCUGAUCUAGGUUGACCCACAAGCAUACGUAUUUGCACCGCAAUUGGUUGGUUAGCUUUAAUCGUCUUGCCAAAUUGUGAAUCCAGCUUGCACAUGCAGAAGCGUUUCGUGGCUGCGCUGUCAAUCAAUACAUUUGAACGCGACAACGGUCGCAGAGAAGCA